GGCCGCCCGGUAUCUACUUCUGUGUUACGGCAUUUAGUCUCUACUUUUCAUGAUGGCGACGAAAAGGGAAGUUACGACGACAGGGGAACAAAAUGACACCAAAAGGAAAAAAGAAGUUAGAGUUUGGAUGGAUGGAUGUUUCGACAUUGUUCACUUUGGACAUGCCAAUGCUUUAAGACAGGGAAAGAGGAUGGGAGACAAAUUGUUUGUUGGAGUACAUUCAGAUGAGGAAAUUAUGAAGCAUAAAGGCCCUCCAGUAUUUAAUGAGAAGGAGAGAUAUAGAAUGGUGCGUGCAAUCAAAUGGGUGGAUGAGGUUAUAGAAGAUGCUCCUUAUGUGACAACAGUGGAAACUUUAGAUGAAUAUAAUAUAGAUUUCUGUGUUCAUGGAGAUGAUAUAACAACCACAGCAGAUGGUCAUGACACGUACCAGCUGGUGAAAGAUGCUGGCAGAUACAAGGAGUGUAAUCGUACUCAGGGAGUUUCUACAUCAGAUAUUGUAGGCAGAAUGUUACUGGUAACAAAGUGUCACCAUCAACGGGGAGAGGAUGCAGUAGAUCCGAGACAGGCAGGCCAGAUCGGGCAGUGUUGUGCACUACAGGUAGACAAACUUCGAGUUGCCUCGCAUUUCCCUCCACAUCUUGAUAUUAUGGGUCACGAUUCUCACAGUCCAUGGACAGGUGUGUCACAGUUUCUACCAACCACAAACAAGAUUAUACAAUUUGCUGAGGGUAAGGACCCGAGACCUGGUGACAGAAUUGUUUACGUGGCUGGUGCUUUUGAUCUCUUUCAUGUUGGACACCUUGACUUCCUGGAGAAGGCUGCAGAACAUGGUGACUUCCUCAUUGUUGGUCUUCACACUGAUUCAGUUGUAAACAGAUACAAGGGAGCUAAUUAUCCAAUUAUGAAUCUACAUGAAAGAACACUGAGUGUUUUGGCAUGCAAGUUUGUAUCGGAGGUAGUUAUUGGAGCUCCCUAUGAGGUUACCAAAGACUUGAUGGAACAUUUUAAAGUAGAUGUUGUAUGUCAUGGUCAGACACCAAUCAUGAAUGAUCUGGAUGACCAAGAUCCAUAUGCGUACCCUAAGGCAUGUGGGAAGUUUGUGAUGAUAGACAGUGGUAAUCAGUUAACAACCAGUGAUAUCAUAGAAAGAAUAAUUAAUCAUAGGUUGCAGUAUGAAGAAAGAAAUAAAGCCAAAGCAGAUAAAGAAAACAAAAUAUAUGAAAGUCUUCAGAGGCAGAAAGAGAAGAAUGGUGUAAACAGUUAACAACUGCUAAUUAGUGUAACAUUUAUUUUGAUAGUGGCAGAGGACAUUACAUUUUCACUACCACUUGUAACAUACGGGAUAUUUAUUCUUUUUAGUUGACCUUUAAAUGAAAAAAACAAUAUGAUUAGCUUUAAUGUGUUUAAAAAUAUUUUUGUGCCCCCAAAAAUUCUUUUGUGGGGUGUGGGGGCACUUAAGAGUUGCCUUUGUCCAUCCAUCUGUCCAUACGUCGGAAUUUGUGUUGUGCAUGUCUCAAAAAGUGUUUAACUGAGAGUAAUAAAACCUCAUUAAGAUUAUUAUUCAGCAUGUGAAGUUGUGCACCUGGUGUUCCAGUUGGGAUCUCACACAGCCAGACCAGAGUUCUGGCCCUUGACUUAGUCAAAAAAUAAGUUUGUGUCCCAUGUAUCUCAAAAUGUACUUGAUCUAGUGUCAUAAAACAUUAGAGGAUAGUUAAACAGCUUGUGAAGUUGUGCACCUGGUAUUCUCUUUGGGAUUGCACUCUACUGGACCAGAGUUAUGGUUCUUGACCGAGUGAAAAAUACAUAUAAAGUGCUUAAAAAAGUUGUGUUGCAUAUAUCUUUAAACAGGGUUCAUACAGACUUGAAAACUGCUUGAAUUUCAAGCUGCUAGAUGAAAAGUGCUUGAAUUUGCAAAAACCUCCUUAAAACUCCUUGAAUUUGUUUCUUGCCUUGAAAACUGCUUGAAAAGUGCUUGAUUUUAUGAUAAAAGUCCUUGAAUUUCCUUCUUCAGAAAUUUUGGUCAGCUUAAUAAAAAUAGAUUGUAACAGACGCUUUGUUAUAUGUACACAUCGCCAUGUUUUAUGUCUACAUAACCUAUGUGUAACGUACGAUACGGGUUUUAAACAGACUGGGACUAGGAAAAUUACAACGUGUAAAAAUUACGCACACCAUUUCCGUUACCGAUAUUGAAGAAAAUGUUGUGUAUUUUCAACAAAAAGUGGUUUGUAUCCUAUCCAUGGCUGGUCGAGCACGAAAACAAACGGAAAGCCAUGUGCAAAUAUUGUAACAAAGUUAUUGACAUUAAUUCAAUGGGUGAAUCGGCGCUGAAAUCACACAUCAAGUAUGAGAAGCACAAGAAAAAUGUACCUGAUGAUGAUCGAGAGUCACCCACGGCCACUCUUGAUGUGUUUACUAUUCCACCUUCGCUCCCAGCAGCCAGAGGCACCUAAAACUUGAUCUUAUAUGACAUGAUAAGUCGCUGUUGAUGUAAGAAGUGUUGAUCAAUUGUUUGCCAGUCAUUUUGUAUGUGAUAAAGUGUUGAUCAAUUGCAAAUUGGAACUUUAUAGAAAAACUUAUAUCACGUGAUAGUCAUUUUGGAUGUAAGAAGUGUUCACCAAUUGUAAGCCAGUCAUUUCGUGUGUAGAAAGUGCUUGUUCAAUUUUUUGCUUAUCCUUGAAAACGUAAAGAAGUCCUUGAAAACUCCUUGAAAACCUCUUGAAUUUUUUGUCAGUCUGGCUGUAUGAACCCUGUUAAAAACAGCUUCAGCUAGAGACCAUGUACAGUGACAGGAGUUGGUGGGGAGUGGGUGGGGGGCCUGUGUCCUAUGGACACACAUCUAGUUUCUUAAGAUAAUAUAAUAUGUUAAGUAUAUGCAAUUGUAAUUUCUGUAGACGUUUAUAGAUACACCUGCUCUCAUAAUAAGUAAUUUUGGAUUAUCAAAGAAUGAUGUUGAUAAUACUCAUGAUAAAUUUAGUGGUAUAUGCCCUGUUCAUAAAUUGUAAAGUAAGAAACAGUUCGAUUUUUAAGUAACAAAAUCAUAAAUAAUUUAAUAUGAGAAAAUAGAGUGGAUUGAAGAAAACAGAAGUUACGUGUGUUUUAAAAAACCCGAAAAGCAAAUGUGAACAAAUUAUGUAAAUGUUCUUUUAUGCAUGUUAAUAUAUUAAUGAUGUUUUAUACUCAAACUUUUGCCUGAUCAAACCAUCUUUAAUACAGUUUGAUUUUAGUACAAAUGUGUUGUUACUUUGUAAUUUUAACAGUAAGUGUUGUGUAGGCAUUUGUUAAAGAAGUUUUAGUUGAAAAAUAUGCUACAGUAUGAUUUUUGUCAUUGACAGUACAUUUUAUGUUAAAGCUAGGAUACUUUGAUCCAGUUAUAUACAGUAACUGUGGCUACUUUUUGGUUACUGGUGUGUGUGCAGUUUUAAACUUCUAUGUUGAUGUCACCCUGACACAGGUCAAGUGCUGUUGUUUUGCUUACUACCAUAGAUUGGGUAAUUUCAACAUUAUUUUCGUUUUAGGAUUUAAUAUUCAGCUUUUUUUUUUUACUUUGUUAAGAAUUAGCAACACAUAUGGAAAAAUCUUAUAUUUUCAUGACAAUAAAAAAAAUUUAUUUUUAAAAUUAGAACUAGUUUGUGAGGUAGAAUAUUUGCCAUGUUCGUCUAACUUGUGUAUUAUAUAGCAGUAUGUAUAACAAUAACUCUCACAAGUAUUUUCACAAAUUUAGUCAGCAAAUGUAGUGAAAAUAAAUACUGCACGAAAAUUUAUGAUUUUACAGGAACUGAUUUAUUAUUUAACAUAAUGGUAAUGUUUGUGCCCAUGUGAAACUCGUGCACUCACUGUUUGCAAACGUAAGUGAAAAUAAAACUACGUUUAAUGUAACUUUGUCAACAGUGGGUUAUUCAGCAAUAUUUCAUGUUAUUGAAUUAGAUGAGCAUGUUGAGAUUCAUGAUGUCAUAUGAAUACCUCUGGGUUACCAUGGAGAUAAGCAUUUUUCAUUUAAUUGAUACAUCAUAUAAUACCACUUGAUUGGUUCAGAGAAUAUUGUGUUCUGCUCAUGAUCUGUGAUCAAAGAAAUCCUAUAUGUUUUGUGUGCUGUGAAUUGAGCCGCACCAUGAGAAAACCAACAUAGUGGCUUUGCUACCAGCAUGGAUCCAGACCAGCCUGCGCAUUCGCGCAGUCUGGUCUGGAUCCAUGCUGUUCCCUUUCAAAGCCUAUUGCAAUUAGAGAAACUGUUAGCGAACAGCAUGGAGCCUGACCAGACUACGCGGAUGCCAGACAUGCAGGUCUCAAAGCCACUAUGUUUGUUUUCUCAUGGCACAGCUCAAUUUAAUGUAAAACUUGUUUGUCCUAGACUGGUUUUUGUCAUUUCUGCAUACCACUAUACAUCUAAUCAAAACUUCCUUCUGUAUGACACCUUCCUUUUGUAUAACAACUUUCCUGUCCCUCUUGUCUACAUGCUUGUCAGUCUAAUUUUAUGUGUGUAAUUUAUGCUCUUGAUCCAUUUUUUCUGUUACAUAGUAUCUGCAUAUACACACUAUGUGGCUGACACAUACCAGUGUUUUAAAGGAUACAGAAAGUUAGUACAUGUUACUACUGAGUUUUAUCUGAUGACAUAGAAAAUUGGAUUGUCUGAACUUAAAACAUUGUUACUAUUGACAAGGAAACAAAUCUGAGUGUAACACAUUUAAGUGUAAUACAUCUAGGUGUUAUACAAUCAAGUGUUAUUCCUUUAAGUUUAAUGCAUCCAAGUGUAACACAGCUAUAGUGUAAUAAUUUAAAGUGUAAUGCAUUCAAGUGUGUCACACAUUUACCAGUAAGUGUUUCCUGUCAGAUUAUACUGAAUAGUUUUACUCUCACAUCAUUAACAUGUGUGAACAAAUAUGUUCUUUUUUAUUAAAUAGUAUACUCUAUACAUGUUCAAAGUGCUUGUUAAAUGUAUUUUAAUUUAUUGUUAAUGUAUACAUAUUAGCUGGAACAACUGAUACGGGGACUGGAAACCGGCAUUUACCUUAGAUUAUGCUGUCGUCCAAUCAAAGCGUAUGCCGUAGGUUAUUCUGCUAUUACUCAAACACUUACGCCUUACAGUUUAACUCGUCCUUUCAGUGAAAAUCUGGGAAAGCAUUUGUUGAAUUUUUUGUUGAAAACAAAAGUUCUGCCAUGAAAUUAUUGCCUGCAUCUGUUUUUAAAUGGAAAAUAUCUACAUUAAUGUUACUUUUCGCCCUGUGAAAAUGGCUAAAUCUAGACUUGGCUUACCCAGAGAGAAAGAUGUCGUUUUUUUUACAUGAUAUUUGCCUUGUUGAUUCAGAGUAUUUAGAACAAAAAAAUUAGGACAUAUUUUAAUGAAAAUAGCAAGUCAAAACUGUAAACUGUUGCCUGAAAAUAUUUGUUUAUGAUAUUGCUCUGUUCUUCACCAUUUAAAUGCGUGUUAAACCUAGAUGAUUUUCUGCAGUUUUAUCUAAAAGUUCGGAAUACUAAAUGUUACUUUGUUGUCGGCCUUUCUUUUUAAAAAAAUAUUAUUUUAAUUUAAAUACAUUGUAUUUUUCACACAUCAGUUUUAAGAUUAAAUUUUUUAAACUAAUUUUUGGAGUUUAAACAACAAUUUCGUUUGACACAUUCCCUACGUUCAAGAAAAAUGUUUGUUUCUGUAUGUAGAAAUCUGACAUUAUAAACAAUAAUUAUAAUUAUGGCUCUACAAGAUUAAGAAAAGUGUCAGCUUUCUGUUAUUUUUCAUUUUUUUUUUUAUUCAAAUCCAACAAAAAUCGGCCCUUUGAUAAAGGUUUGAAGUUACGUGGUAAAAUAUUUCUUCAGGGAAGUGAGCUCGAGUUAAUUCAUAAUAAUUAAGCAUAUCACCACAUGCAGUUGCAUGCUGUUUUUGCUUCAGAAUCCCUUUAGAUCAAUCUCUGAUCAUCUAAUUAUUGCCACUUAACAUGUGACUGGUAAACCCUUUGAACAAUAAGUGUUAUAGCUCCAUGAUUAACAUGAGGUAAUAUGCUAAUUACACGCUAAUCGAUAGUGGCGAAAACAAAAUAUCGAUCGCUAACGAUUGGUCGAUAUUUACAGGUAUGGACGACAGCAUAAUACAGAUAAAUAGUAUUGAUUUAUACGGAGUUUCUACUCCCCGUAUUAGACCUUCCUGAUAUUAGUGACUGUCUUAAUUGUAUUAAUGAACAAAACCAUAUUUUAUUAAUUUGAGAUUCUUUAAUGUUUAUUGGAAAGUAUAUAAUAAAUAUACCUGAAUCAAA